CCAGGACCAAGAAGUAAUAAACAUGAUUACUAUCCUGACUGAGCUCCAGAACUCCCUUAUCGAACUUCUUCAACAAAUUGAGGAACAUCUUCAGCCCCCACUCAUGUUGGUSUUUCAGCCAAGUCUCACAAGAACCUCUGGAAGGCCAAGGUACAUACUUUCCAGGGAUCAGUUGCUUCUGCUUCGUGAAGCAGGAAUGUCAUGGGCAUCUGUUUCUUUUUGGUUGGGGAUCAGCACUCGAACAUUGAGAAGACGACGACACGAAAUGGGAAUGAAUGAAAAUUUUGACACCAUUUCUGAUGAUCACCUGGAUGCUGUCAUCAGAAAUAUCAUUACUCAAACUCCUAAUGCUGGAGUUACAUUGGUUCAAGG